GCUCUAGCUAUUCUCUAAUUUAGUAAAUGAUUGCCACUUUCCUUAUUAUUUGUUUAGAUUUAGAUAAUAUAUCAUGAUGAUAAAUCAACGCAAAUGGAGCUCCAGAACGACAUUUGGUCCAUCUGGAGCUCCUGAACUUAAACGUUGAAUAUAUCAAGUGAAUUUCCCAGAAAAAUUUGGACCAGCUUCUUAUGGUCCACAUCUUCCUAUGUGGUCAGAAGCAAAAUCAAACAUAUUUUUCAGUAGCAUAUAUAACUUCUGGGUUUUGUGUUGCGUACCUAAAAAGUGCUGAAUCCCUGAUCAUCGGAAGCCAUCUUAUUAUAUAUGUACUCUAAAAAUCAUAACCACCAUGCUCCCUCUUUCACAACAAAUCUCCUCGUUCUUCAUCUUCCUUUCGAUCAUACUAUGCCUCCCGUAUUGCUUCCCUGCCCGAAAGGUCCGCGACCCUGAAGGCAAGGUGAAGAAUAUUGAGAUCGACAGCGCAAACUUGCAGCGGCACAGCUUUUCCAGGCUCACCCAUGCAGGCCAGGGUAGCCGCAUAAGCGGCAUGUCGGAGCUCAAGAGAUACUUCCACCGGUUCGGCUAUCUACCUCCCCAGUCGGGGUCUAACUUCACUGAUGAGUUUGAUGCGGAGCUCGAGUCUGCAGUCGCCACAUACCAGAUGAGGCUGGGGCUGCAGAUCACUAGGCAGCUUGACCCGGAUACUGUCUUGUCCCUCAUGUCCCCGAGGUGCGGGAUGAAGGACAAGUUCCCCUCCUCUGUCCAUAAGAAGCUGUUCCAUGUUACCCGGCACUACACUUUUUUUCAGGGCAUGCCAAGGUGGGAACGUCCCCAACCGGUGAGACUCACCUACGGGUUCUCCCCGUACCAUGUGAUUGACAAGCUCAGCCUGGACGAUGUACGAGCGGCCUUCGACCGGGCCUUUGAAAGGUGGGCCCAGGUGAUUCCGGUGGAAUUCGAAGAAUCGCUGGAUUAUGAAACCGCAGAUGUGAGGAUUGCAUUCUAUUUGGGGGACCACGGGGAUGGCGAACCCUUUGAUGGUGUCCUCGGGAUCUUGGGGCACUCGUUCUCGCCCGAGGAUGGGAGGCUCCACCUUGACGGGGCGGAGAUGUGGGCUGUGGACUUCGGGACUGAGCCGGCACCCAAGGCGGUGGACCUGGAGUCGGUGGCGACGCAUGAGAUUGGACACAUCCUCGGCUUGGGCCACUCUUCGGUCAAGGAGGCUGUGAUGUAUCCAGUUCUGAAGCCCAGGACCACGAAGCAUGACUUGGCUCUAGAUGAUGUUGAAGGUGUUCAGACUCUGUACGGAUCAAACCCCAACUACAAGCUCAACUCCUUGUCCCGACAGUCUGAGACUGCUUCAAACACCGCUGUCAGUCAAUGGGCAAUGGUUCCUACUGAAUUGUCCGUCACCAUUUCAGCUCUGGUUUUUGCACUUUUGGGUUCAUCCUGGUAGCGAUUCGUGAAGACCUAUAUUCUUCCUUUCUUUCUUCAGAACCUGAAGCAAGUGUAAUUAUCAUUAUUUUCCCUCAGAGCUUUCUAAGCAUA